AUGACAUAUCCUGAUAUCAUGGAACGUCUUGGUCCAAUGUAUGAACUUAUUGAAUCACAGACAAAAAUUUAUCCAAAAUUAGCUCGACUUCAUGGAAAAGUAUUACUUAUCGCUUCACAAAUUAAUAAUCAUAACAAAGAUUUAUCAAAUAAUAACGAUAAACUCUCAACACAACCAUCGUUAAUUUUUGAUGAUGUAUCCGAUGAAGAUAUUGAUGGUGAUCAAACUCAAGAUGAACUUAUACCAAGUCCAUCUGAAUAUGAUGAUUAUUCUGGUUUAUCUGAUGAUCUUGAUCUUGGUAUUGAAAAUGAUGAUAAUGAAGAUGAAAAUGAAAAUGAAGAAAUAAACGACAGUGAUACUGAUAUAAAGUUUCAACAUGAUGGUUAUUCGAAUGAUGAUUCAUCCUAA